UAAACUGAUUGUGUGACUUUAUAAAGACAUGUCCUGCAGUCUGACAACUCUUAGUCUGGAGCUGUGACUUGAUCCACUGCAACAAACCAAACGUGUUGAAGCAUGGCUCGCCGUGUUGCAAUUAUUGGAGCAGGAGCUUCUGGGCUGGUCAGUAUUAAGACCUGUCUGGAUGAAGGUCUGGAGCCACUCUGCUUUGAAAGCAGUGACGAUAUCGGGGGUCUGUGGAGGUUUAAGGAGAACCCAGAGCCGGACAGAGCCAGCAUCUACCACUCUGUCAUCAUCAACACCUCCAAGGAGAUGAUGUGCUUCAGUGACUAUCCCAUUCCUGCUCACUUCCCAAACUUCAUGCACAACUCUCUCAUCAUGGACUACUUCCGCAUGUAUGCUGACCACUUCCAGCUGAUCAAGCACAUCCGCUUCAAUACAAAAGUUUUACAGGUGAAUCAAAGGCCGGAUUUCUCUCGCUCGGGUCAGUGGGACGUUGAGACACAAGACAAAGACGGAAAGAAGGAGAAACUGAUAUUUGAUGCUGUGAUGAUCUGUAUUGGUCAUCACUGUCACCCACAUAUGCCCAUCCACGACUUCCCAGGAAUAGAAACGUUCACUGGAAAGUACUUCCAUAGCCGCGACUACAAGACUCCUGAAGAGUGGAGGGGGAAAAAAGCGGUUGUGAUUGGAAUUGGGAACUCUGGAGGGGACAUUUCAGUGGAACUGAGUCGAGUCGCAAAGCAGGUGUAUCUGAGCACUCGCAGAGGAUCCUGGGUUCUCAAUCGUGUAUCUGAUAAUGGUCUUCCACUGGACAUGUUGUACAGCAAAGCGCAGAUGAUCCAUGGGCAAAUGCUUCCCUACGGAAUGAUGAACAGCAUUGCUGAGGCAAAACUCAACCGGAGAUUUGAUCAUGGGCUGUACAGCCUGAAGCCGAAUCACAGGUUGUUCAGCCAACACCCCACUUUAAAUGACGAGCUUCCCAAUCGAAUCUUGUCUGGUACAGUCCAAGUUAGGCCCAACAUCCGCAGGUUUCAAGGAUCCAAGGUGGAGUUUGACGAUGGCAGCGCGGUUGAGGAUGUUGAUUUGGUUGUAUGUUAAAUUUUUUUCAAAACAGAUCACAUAAAUAUACUAUACUGCAGUAUUCCCUGACUUUGGAUUUGCGUUGCAGGUUUUUGCAACAGGAUACAGGUUCUCCUUUCCCUUUCUGGCCUCACAUGUUG